CAGUCUUUCAUACUGACUGCAGUCAUCAGUACGAUGCUGUUAACACUUGGAUAAACAUUUAAAUAAUUAUGGACUUCUUCAACUGGUUUUUUUCACUAAUUUUGUUCGCAAUUUUGCAUUCCAUUCAAACAACGGAGAUACUGGAAUCGUCCAAAGAUCAAUGUAUAACAUUACGAAAUAAGUAUUCUGACUCAUUGUUGCGUCUGGAUCAUUGUUUACUGGAAAAUGCAGUGCCAGUACGUGUGUGUCGUUCAUGCAUAUCAAAGUAUGUGGAAAAUAUGCAAGCAUUUCAAAAUUUGACAUUGGCCACAGAUCCAAAGGUUCCUCGUGCCCGAUGCAGCGAUCACUUUAUGAAUCAAGACACAUUGAAUGUCGUUUGGCAACGAUAUCAAAGUUCAAGAAACUUAUGGAACGAUGCGGCGUGCACAAGCUGUUUCGUUGAGCAAUGUGAUCCGGAUAAAAUAGCGGCGAAUGGAAGUAACGUCACUGCAAUUUGUCAGCUAAAUGCACAAAUGAUUGCAUUUCACAAUAGCACCGUGGAAUUACAUGCAUGUUUCAAUAAGAGCGAUUUGAAUCGUGGAGAUGUGUGUAAGGAUUGUUUGAUAGCAUUCAAUGCAAUAGACGAUAAUUACAAAAAGUUACCCGUUUCACCAAAUGGAGUUUGUUUCGAGGCUGUGGAUGAGUUCAAUCGAACCAGCAAUAUAUGGUAUGAAGGAAAACGAUGUCCUAAACCAGACGUAUUACCUAUUUCAACGGCAUGGGAAGUUGUGAUAAUUUUAAUCGCACUGCUUCUAUUUUCGGGAAUGUCUUACGGUGGAUUUUAUGCAUUUACCAUUUACCGGCAACGAGGAAGCUAUGUGGAGCAAUUGAACACGGAAGACGGAAAUGUUACACCUCCGAUCUAUUCUUGAUAUUAUUCGCUGUGAACAACAACAACAAACAAACAAACAAAACAUCUGAUUUUGUUUGAACAUAAAGUUUAGCGUAUGUGUCGCCAUCUAACCGUCGACACUCGCAUCAAAAUGAUAUUUUCGAAUGAAAUAAGCUAGUGUGUCAGAUUUUGUAUGCUUUUUUUUUUGCUAGACUCAAUGUAGCGAGAAAGAGAUAAAUAUAUAUGUUUUUUCAUUCAAUUGAACGGAGAGUACGGAGUAUGUGUGUAUAUCUUAUUCUGCCUGUUUCUUUUCCACAACUGGCUGUAUCUCACUCGUACUACAUAUAAGCGACGUAUGUGUGUGACAUGAACUUGCAUUAGAAAAAAUUCCGUAUGCAUUUCAGUGUAUGACGAAAAGUCUUGUAGAGCUCUCUCGAUAGCUAUCGUUGUGUGUCAUUAAAAAAAAGGCAGAGAAAAAAAAACAAAGUGAUUAAUUAUUUUCGUUAAAUGAUUCAAAGUGAGUCACGAAUUGUUUUAAAUUAUACCACAAUUUACACAUCAGCCGAUAGGGAGUAGUGUGCGCGGAAGUUUUUAAUUUUUCGUUCGAUUUACAUUUUUAAUCGAUGCAAAAACUGUACACCACACAAACGCUUGACAACAUUUGAGGAACAAGUGAUUAAAGCAUUAUUAUACGGAGACCAGAAAUAGAAUUGUCAAAUAGCAAAAUCUCGUUCGUUGUUUUUCUAUUUCUUUGCUGUUGUCAUUCAAGAUUGUUUGAGCUAAUUUCUUGAAGGACAUACAUCGCAUCACAUUGCACGACGCAAAACAGCAACAACAAAUUUAAAGAGGAGAAUUUAUUCAGAGGGAAACGCAUUAGAGACGCCUAAACAAAUCGUAGCAGAAGUGGCAACAGCAGCAGCAGCAGCAGCCAAAAUCGAUUUGAAUAGAUGCGAAAUAUCUAUACUAUAUACAGUUGUGUAUGAAUAUUAUCAACAAAAUUACGGUACGCAUCGAACGCAUGGAGGUUACGAAACAAGAAGAAGAAGUACAUGCGUAACCGGAAAAUUUGACGACUACAAACGGGAACAGCAGCAGCAGCAGCAGCAGCAAAGACCAACCGUAAUACAAUUUUCGUUGUGUUAUUUCUCACAGUCUGAUGAGUUCGGUGGAAUAGGAAUUGGAAUAGCACAUAGCCGAAUUUUCCGCGAUUGCGUGCCAUUUUGCCCAUCUCUUUCAGUCACAGUGAAUUGAAUUAGAGGUUCAUUCCUCUGCUGUGUUUAUUACGACGACGACUUGUACGACGGUCGGUAUUGCGUCUAAAAAAAAGCGACAGCAAAGACGACGACGACAGCAGCCAUAGUACACCAUAUUCUUACCGAAUUCGCAUUGAUUUGUUGUUGAUAUCACACUCGCACAUGUGUUGUGUGCACCGAGAUAUAAAUUUGCGAAAAAGACUCGGCUGAAAUUUCUGUGGAAAAUCCAAACUGCGUAGUUUAUUUUUGGAACGUCAAUCAUCAAGCCUGCCGCUUGAUAGUGAUUUCUUUUGUGUUUGCGUGUACCAAAACCGCAACACACUCACGCUUGCAUACCAUUCAUUUCGUAACAGUGAAAGCAUUUAGACCGAAAGAAGUCACACACACACACACACACACACACAUACAAAAUAGGAAGAAAAAGGACGAAUCAUUAUUAUUACAGCGACACAAUAGCGACAGGAGACAACAAACACACAUAAAAGAGCCAACAAUUUUCUAUAAAUAAAGUGUCAUCUCAGCUCUCAUUUGAUGUUGUUGAACAAUUUUGAACAAAAUAUUUAUAAAUACCCGGUUCGAAUAAGCAAUCAGUGCCAAAUGAUACAGAAAACUCUUGAUAUCAAUCCAAUCACAAGUUGAAUCCACACAUCUCAAUAUGAAAUUGGAACAAGUAAUUUGAAACGCAAUACGAAAUCAAAUGUGAAUAAAUCGAAUUUGGCGUACAAUUUAUUUGAAUCAGAAAAUUUGAUCAACUCAAAAUUGUGACAAUUAACAAGUAUACGACAAGUGAGGCCGAAAUUGAGAAAAUAAAUCGAAAGUAAAGCGAAUAAGCAAAUGUUAAAAUUUUCUACUUCGAUGAACGGGCAUUUAUAGAGAGAAAGAAGCGCCGACGAUACAAAGAGAAACGAGUGGUGUAGUUGGUGUAGUAAAGCGCACAUUCUGUGCGAAAAAAAAACCACACCGAAAAGAAAAUAGCCAAGAUCCAGCUAGGAAUCAUUUAAUUUCUUCGUGCGUUAAUUCACAUUCAUGUUAAACUAUCGUCUAGUGUCAACUCAUUUCCUAAAACAGCCAUAAUUUCAUUUUUCGUUCAAAUAUUCGACGAUUUUGAUAUUUUAAACGACGCCUAGCAAGCUCUAGUAAAUACGCCAAAAAUGUGCAGAGAUCGGGAUAUGCAUCCACUUGGAUAAAUUUGCAACAACAAAACAAUUUUUUCUGUCGAAAAAUAAGGAAGCAAAUAACUGUUAAGACGACAACAGACACACACACACACACGCUCACACACACCCCUUAUCUAAUUCUUAGUCACAGAGAAAAACGCAAAGUGUGAGAAAACUAAAAGCACUCAGACACACACACGCAAUCAUUCUCAAUCGAAGCGAGAAGAAGAAGAAGAAAUAAAAACAAGAAGACGAACCACGGCGUUGGAACGGACGUCCGUUUUUGAUUUCUACAUUUUUCCGUCGUGCUGUUGUGCGUGUGACGGAAAAUCCAACGAACGAAAAAAAAUUGCUUUUCUGAAAAUUGGAAAAUUUUAAAUUUAUACAAUUUCACAUCGAUUUUCGGUGUACGCCUACAGCGAUUGAUUUAUCAUCAACAUAUCUUCUGUAGCCGCACAAUAAGUAGACAUCAACGGCAAUUGAAUCGAAGAACAAACUGCCGGUUUAUUGUAGAAUUGUAGCGUUUGGCAAGCAGCGUAAAUAUUAUCGUGAUUUUGCACGCAAUAUCAUCAUCAUCAUCCCGCUUGAGUGUGAAUACGACCGAAAUUCUGUCGCAGCAAUAAGAAAAUAUUCCAGUUGACUGCAACACACACACACACACACACACACACACAGACGAUCGAACACAACGAUAUUUUGCAUUCAAUAGAUGCAACUAUCUAAUAAUAUACAUUCGGGAACCGCAAACAGCAAAAAUACACGUCAUUGCACGAAACGUUUGGAAGUCUUUAAAGGCUUGCUUGGUAAGUACGACAAGUAAUAUAGAGAAGAGAUGAAAAAUGAAGAUAUUUCAUUCUAAUUUAGAUACAGUAUGUAUGAUUUUCAAGAACCCCUCGACGCAAAAAAAAAUAAACAAGAAGAAAAAAAAGCAAACAACGACGAAAACUUGGCUGGUUUUCCGCUUUGAAUUCAAUUAAUUUAACGUAUAGUCAAAUCGAAAUCGAUUGACAGUAAUAAAACCAAUCAAAGCCUAUAAAAAGUAAUAUAUUGGAUAAAGAUCUGGCAAACAGUGAAGAAGAAAAAAAAAUGAUGUUAAUGACUGUAUUAUUAUGAGUUUGUUUUGUUGUUAAAAUUGUUUUUAUUUCUAAGAAUAAAUGUCGUUUCCAUUGAAAAGAAAUUGAUCGAUUCGAAGCACACAUGAAAAAAAGAAAAUCUGAAGAAGGAAAAACAAUCGCUUAACGAUGCGGGAGGAAAAUUCGAAAAUACACACACAACUCAAGUCAAGAUCAAACAGGUCAAACAUGAUGCUGUGAAACAAGUCAGAAUAUCAUGAACAUUUUUUUUCCUGCUCGCAAAGAUACAUCAUAUCGAACUGGAUAAAGUUUCGUAGAUACAUGCCAAAAAAAAUGAACAUUUUAUAUAGGAAGAUGAAAGUUGAUGGAUUGUUGUGCAAAUACCGAGUUCUGCUCGCCGAUUCUACGUGUUUAUUCGUCUUCAUCGGUCAGCCAGACAUUAAUCAAGUCUCGUUUUCCAAUAUUAUGUCAAGCAACGUGCUGUUUCGAAGGAAUUUUCAUUUCUUUUUUUGUUUGGUCAUUAUUGCGGAAAACAACAUUUGCUCGACAAAAUUAAUUCGUAAACAAUAUGGACGAUUUAACACCAUCUCCUAUCUCGGUCUGGCAGUGAAAGAUAUAUUAGAUACAUUCAGUUGAUAUGGCUGCUCGUAUAUCGGACAAACAAGUCAUUUCACGAAAUGAAUUGACAUCAUUAAAUGAUGUAUUUACGUGAAUUCUCCGAUAACAAGCGUGUAAAUUCCGGUGAAGAAGAAAAAUCACGUGGCCACGCUCACUUGUUCGCCAGAUUUGUUGUCAGAACAUUAGAGUCUAACGAUUUAGACACACGCUCGAAAUUCUCUAAGUCAUCGUUGUGUGUCGCGAACGCACGUCUAGCGAUUUUAAAACGCGCGACAUUGCAAAAUUACAUCAUCGCCCGAUCGCCAACCAAAAUAAGCAGUUGCUUAUUAUAGCCCAGCUAUUUUAACGCCAAAGUGAAUGGAAUCACGUGAGGUGAGCGUUUUUUUUUUCGAGAAGAAAAAAAAACUCUGCGAAAUAUUUGCGACCGCAAAUCGUUUUUUCAAGAAAUAUUUUUUUCAUUCGCCUUCUUCGCAUUCCCCUUUCUUUUGCCAAAUGCGAACUAAAUGUAAGAGAUCGUAAAAUUUUCCACUGUUUCUUUUUUACUGUACAUUUUAAAUUUAGCUCAUGCGUUGUUUUGUAUUGUUUCGAUUCUAAAGCCGCUUCGUUCAAUCAAGUCACCGAAAUACAACGAUUUAUUGUUUGAACCCUCUUGUCACAUGUGAAAUUACAAAUUUCAAUAGGCAAACACUCUCAAGAAAACCAAUUAUGAAUUCACGAUGCCAUAUGUUGCUUUGCACAAUACACAAAAGUAGAAGCAACGAAAAAAAAAAAUGGCAGAUGAAAUUACAUGUUAUUGAGAACGCAAGCGAUGCAAAAAAGAAACUGAGUGUAGUUCGUUUCAAGGUCAUGUGCGCUCGGCUUGAAUUUGGUGGUGAAAAAUAAUGUGCUUGCUCUGUCGAAAGAAAAAAAUCUAAAGCGAAUGCUAUUUGUCUUAUGACACACAUCAAAUCGAAUCGUUAGAUUUCCGGUUUUUGAAGCAGCAACAACAGCAACAUGGGCAAAACCGGUGAUCUCUCUGCAGGCAAGUACAUGCGAAUCCCAUUCGUACCAUCAAUCUUUCAGAAGCGAAUACAACACACAAAAAACAUAGAAUAGAGAAACUCCAUUUAAGUAUAUCGUCGAUUUGCUGUUAGCAACAAAAUGACAACAUUUUACCGAAUGUCAAUGAAUAUUAGCUUUUAUAUGAUACUAAUGGUUGGAGAUUUUGCGAUAAUGCAAACAGAACAGAUAAAAAAGAUGCCAAAAUCAAAUGGUUUGGCAAUCGAAAAAUCGUCUAUUAAAACAACAUGAAAUCGGGACAAUUAAAGCAUUUUGAAAUAGCGAGAGAGAGACAGACAGAGAAAGAGAGAGAGAGAGAGAGAGAGAGAGAUAAAAACGGCAGCAAAAUCAAUAUCGAUCGGAAAUGCAAAUUGCAUUUUCGAAUUUAUCCGCAUUGAUUUUUGUGUAUGUGCAUUGUGCAAGCGGUCGGCGCGCCCGCGCUCGUGAUAGAGAGAACAAGGAAAUUUGAGGAUAGGAAAAUGAUGCAGUUGAUUAAGUCAAUUGCAUUGAACAAAAUAGAGAACGGAGAGAGUGAGAGAGAGAGAGAGAGAGGCGGCUAAAUAUAUAAAUUAACAGUUGAACGAAACGUGUUAUUAAAAGCGUUGCACUGUUAUUUCCAGUUUGAUUGAAUCCGUAUGAUUUCAGUCGUCAAUCAGACAAUUAUUAUCAAAAUGCCUACACUCGGGCCCCAUGUGUGUGUGUCUGUGUGAGAGCAUUUACUUCAAACGAUGCCGUUCGUCCGUAAAUUGAUCACACAGUCUCAUGCUCAUUAGAUUGUAAUUAGUAAAAUCGAACGAACAAAAACAGCGGAAAAAGAACGGAGCACUUUGGGAUUGGUAGACAAAGGCAGAAAUUAGAUGAAAAAACUAAAUUACGGCAUACAUUUCGAUGUAGUUGUGAACGUGUAAACGAAACAUGUACUGCACACACUUUGCACAUGCAAAAGGGAAGUUAAUGUAUGGGCCUGUGUUGCUUGUGUUUGAACGUGCCCAAACAUGCAUAAGCCAUUGAAGUCCGUCUUUUGCUGUUCGUUUUUCUUCCAGUUUUCUAUCGGCGUUACCGAUUUCAUUCCCAAUUCUUCUGGUUCGCCGUUUCUCCUUCUCUGUCACACUCUUGCGCUCUGUGAAUGGGAUACAUUGCCGCUGUAUUUGUAUUUACACAUACGCGCACCACAUACACCACAUACGCCACACUCAGCAGUUGUACUCAGCACAGCAAGUGUUUACACCGAAAUUAUUUUCCAAUAGCUUCGCUCGACACACGAUGUAUGCCAUGCACAGCAGUUGCUGUUUUGCUAUUGUUACAUUCAGUCGUAUGGAAUUCGACAACGUUCUCGCCGAGCAAAUGAGAUAGAAACAGAGCGAAAACAAGAAACUUAAGACACAAAUUUAAAAAAAAGUGACUAAAAUACUCCAAGUAUCUAAAAAAGCAAUAAAAUAGAAUUUAAAAACGAAUCGUCACCAAGUGAAAAGUGUGACUAUUCCCACUUAUUGUCAAUCAUCCUAGUUGAUUGCAAUUAAUAAUUUUCGGUUCAAAUCACAUAUUGAGUCGGUGGCGGUAAAUUAAGUGUUCCGUUAAGAGCGAGUGGAAAAAAACGCCAUUCAAAGUCGAAAUUGGUGUGCGUGUGUCAAUUAGAAAUAGAGUGCGUGAAUCGUGUGCUUCCUUCAUACCAGUGGCCCAUUGAAAUAAGUGCGCUUUCACACAAAAAUGAUAAAUGUGGUUAAUGUUCGAACGGAAUUAAUUGUUUGUGGUUUUGCUGUAAUUUUACAAUUUUUCUUGGCUAAAUUGAAUUUUUGAGUUGCAUUACUUGAACACGACAUGCCAACCGCCCACUGGUCCACUUGACUCGAAUCACAGAGCGAUCAGAACAAGUGUGAAGAAGAAUCUGGAAGCAUCCAUAUUAGUGAAACAACCAAAACCAAUCAAUCGAAAUUCUCAUCGUGGAAUUUUCCAUUUCGAAGUGUCGAAAGACAUCGAGAGAGAGAGAGAGAGAGUGCUUUAAUCACAUUUUGUUUUUUUUUCUCCAUUAUUCGAUUGUUUUAUUUUCGUACCGACGCCUACGAAAAUGAUUAAGGGCAUUUUUAUGAAGUAUUUUGCAACGCCGAAGCCAUAUCAUUCAGAUUCAAUUCGAUUCGAUGUUGAUGAUAAUGAUGCGAAUGAAAUAAAGUGCGGCAUGCGAAAUCCAUCCACGAGAGGUAAGAGCGAUGAUUUGAGUUGUUUGACCAGCUCAUCGACGUCAUCGCGCGAUCAAAGCAAUGCUAAGUAUCCCGGCAUACUGGUUGAUUCGGACAACAAUUCAGCGAAAUUCACCUCAACUUAUCUACCGCAAGUGAUCGAUCCACAAGAAUGGCAAAAUCAUGCAUCGGACCAACAGCAAAAUGGUUCGCGAAAACGAAAAGAGCGUCAAGAUUCGACGUCGUCAAUAACACAGGAUCGAAAAUUGGUGCGAUCGAAUAGUGAAGAAUAUUUGCCAAAUAUUGACGCGUACGAAGUGAUUCGUCGAGUAUCGUCACACGAAGAAAUUAAACAGCCGCAGCAAUGCAAUGAAAACGAUGGUGUAUCCACACCAUUGCUGCAAUCAAAGCAGGCGCCCGACGAUAAUGAUGAUGACUACGAUGACGUCAACGACGACGAUGAUGAUGAUGACGAUGGCAAUGAUGAGUGCAUUAUGAACAAUAGACGUAGGUCGUAUCAUUUAGCAAACGACAACGUGUCAUCAUCGAGCAAAUCGGCCAAUAACGAGGUACAGGAAAUAUUGCGAGAAGCAUAUCGUCGAUCCGAAACCAGCCCAGCACGAUCACGUACAUUCGAUUUUUCCCACAAAUUACGCGUCUCACCCAGUCGACGAGAUCACACCAUUAAUCAUUGUCACAGCAACGACGAUGCACUGGCCGCCGAUAACAUGCACGAUCGGCGAAGCAGUGAACGUUUUUGUAAGGCGCGCGCAGCACAAGGAUUUCGUAAGUCAUCGUCAAGCAAAAAAUCAUCAUCAUCUGCAGCAGCAGCAGCUGCAGUGGCACCAUUGCCGGCAUCAUUGAUUCGACAGUCGAGUUCAACGGACAGUGAACAGAAUGAAAUCGCCUAUAAAUACGACAUAACCGCCAUGAAAUCAGAGCGAAGAGGUUUUACCAGCACAAAGGCUGCGACUGCUGCUACAACUGCCGCAGAGGCGGCUGCUGAUUACAAACAACAAUCGGAUGUGGAUUCAUCGGUAUCGAGCGAAUGCGGCGGUCUGGGCGAUGACUACUACAACGAUCUAUCGUCUUCAUUUUCCGAUCACAAUGACAAUAACGAUUACACCGAUUUUAUGCCAAUAUCACCAUCGACGGCCCUCAAGUCAUCAUCUGUAAUUUCCAACACCACCAAUAACACCACAACAUCGAGACACGAAUCAUCACUGCCAUGGGAUUAUACGCGGCGCGAAGACGAUGUUCCCGUGAAAAGUCAACGCUUUGCCGAGAAUAAAUUCGAUUAUGUCAACAAUACGCGAGAUAUCGAUAUGAAGCUACGGAAUGAAUCGUUUAUCGGACACUCGACGAUUCCGCACUUUGCAAAGGGUGAAUCCAAUCUAAUAAAACCACGUGAUUUAUUGAAAAGCAGCCCAUUGCCACACACUGUAUACCACACCACGCCCGAUGAAAAGCUCAAGCAAAUCAACAAGCGGCUGGUUGCAUUGAAAAAACGUGUCGCCGCGUUUGAGGAAAAUUUCGAAAUGGAAAAUGGAUAUCGGCCAUCACUUUCGAUCAAAUUGAACGAACGCUAUGUGAAAAAUGCACUAGCCGAAAUACAUAAACUGCGCAAAGAGAAGCAAGUACUCAAAGCGGAUCCAAUGGUUGGCAUGGGCUACAACAAGAGCGGCAACAAUUCACUGAACGCUACCAAUGAUAACAAAGUUCAGAAGAUGAAAGACACCAUUGCUGAAAUUGAAAAGCGCUUACAAGUCAAACGCGCCGAAGAAGAUCGACCGGGAGUUUUGGAAGAAAUGACUGCCGAUCAAUUGGUACAGGAGAAGACAGCCGUGCAACGAGCAUUACUCUACUUGGAAUCACUGUACGGGCGACCGAUAACGCGUGAUGAACGUGACGCAGCUCGGCUACUCUACAAUCGAUAUCGUGUGAUCAAACGAUUGGUGAAUCGGAGCGUAUCGAUUUCGGGUUCGGGUGUCAGUAAUCCAUCCGAAUUGCCCACAAUUCUUGAGCACGAAGCGAUGGCAUUUACUGUGGCCGCAAUAUCACUAACACCACCACCAUCUGACAAUGAGAUGCAAUCGGGCAGUGGUAGUGGUGGUGCUGGCUUUGUCGAUUCAUCGACCGAUUCCACCGACACAUCAAGUUCGAUCAAUGAAAAUGUUCAUGAAAUGUCCUUGGAUGGCCUCACCCGAAACCUAGAGAUUGUUCGCGACGAAAAGAAGAAAUUGCGACGCACCAUCAAGGAAUUCGAAGAAGUGUUUGAAGAGCAAAAUGGCCGAAAGAUGCUAAAAUCCGAUCGUACUGUUAUCGAAGAAACGUACGCAUUGUACAAACAGAAAAAAGCCAAAUUACGGCUGCUUGACGCACUCGUUCGCAAGCAGCUCACUCAUUAGAUGUUGUUUACCUCUUUUCCUCGUUUUUUUUUUGAAGAUAAGAAAACAAAUCAGAAAUUCAACAAGAGAAUAAAUCGCUUGGCUUUAGAUCUACACAACGUGAAUUUACGUACGAAUCGGAGAUGGAAUAUAAAAACCGAACAAAACAUUAACAAAGCGCAAUCAAUAAAUCGAUUGUAGUCAUUUCGGUUAUUUUUCUUUUCAAUUUGAUUUUUUUUAGGCUAAUCGGUCGAUUUAUCACUUGACUUUAGUUAUUAUUAUAGUGUCGAAUUGCUAACUAGCGCAGAAAAAUCGCACCAGACACAUAUAGAUCUAUAUAUAUAUGUAGAGAUACAGAGAAGAGCAAACAAAUCAUUACAAAAAUGAAGUACAAUGUUAAAAUAAUCAAUUUAAAAAAACAGAAGAAAACUAAUGAGUCAAUAUUUAAGGAUUUGUUGUGAAACUAUCGUUAAACAAAAGAGACAAACAAAAAAUAAACACACACACACAAGCAUACUCAUUGGAUAUGGAUGGAAUAUAUAAGAAAUGAGGAAAACAACUGUGGAAAAAAAAUAGGGAAAGAUUGGAAAUACGUAGCCUUUUUAAGUAAAACACACACACGCAGAGGACAACGCGCUAACUUUGAAACCUGGUGCUAUUUCCCCACCAUGCGCAGACGAUCAGGAGAAAUUGAAAACGAAGUCAUAAGAAUUGAGUUUAUCACUUUCGAUGAUAAACAUAUUCAUAUCUACACUUCAAACAAUCAGUAUAUGAACUGAUACUGCUGAUCAAAUAUUUUUGCCCAAUUUUUACUUCAUUUUUACUCUUUUCUUUCCUUCUUGUCAGAAGACUGAAUUAUUUGUCUUUGGAAUUUAUUUAUAUAUGGACCUUGACAAAAACUAACAAAAAAAACACUUGUAAUAACUAAUUUACUUAUCGAAAUUUUGAUGAAAACAUUUUUUGUUUGUUUGUGUGCAAUUGGCCAAACAUUGAUAUAAACAAUUCUGAUUCAUAUCUAAUGACACAGACACAGAGUUUGGACGGCAUUUGCAUUGCUCCUAUAAUUUUGUAUAUAGGUACUAUAAAUAAUAAACGUAAAAAAACAUAAAUAAAAUGUGCCCACAAAACAAAUCCACACACACGCUGACAUUUGAGUGUAUGGUGAGAGAAAUCUCUUUAUUUUGCUGAAUUCUUUUCUGCUUGUUUUUCAUUUGAAAUUAAUAAAAAAAAAAGAAUUUUCGGCGUUGGGCAUUCAACAUGUGUGACGACGACGAUAUGUACGUACAAGCUGAUGAAUAAAAUGUAACAAGUAGGAUCAACUGUGAUAGUUUGACUUAUUAUUCUAUUGAUUUCAUUUUAAUUUGGAGAACAACAUUUAUGUCACAUCAAAUUUGAGUUUUUCCGAUUUUUUUUUUUCAUUUUAUCAGAAUUUUCAGUUGAAAAAAUUGGAAUUUUUAGUUCAAAAAUUUUCAACGGUAGAAAUCAAUUGAUCCGAGCAGAAAAAAAACUCUCGAUGAAAUAUGAAUAUUGGUUAGUUAAUUUUUUCUGUUUGCGCAAUUAACUGCAAUUUCAAAUACUUCCCCGUUGCCCAUCUAGUGUUUAACCAAAAAAAAAAAUGCGAUUCUUUUUCCCUUCAACGACAUAUGUCGAUGCAGCCAAAAAAUAUUCGAUCGUCGUCGAUGCUUGAAAUGGUCUUCAUCGGUCUUGUGUGAAUGAAAGGCGAAAUGAAAGGCAAACAAGAUGUGUAGAGCAGAGAUCGAAACCAAAUCAAACCGAAUAUUUGGUUUGAGUGUGUGAACAAACCAAACCAUUCGGUACGUUCUGAAAAAUGGUUUGUAUGGCACACAGAAACGUUUAUGCUCACGUGUAUUAGUAUACAAUACUAACACAGUGACAACACGCUUGAACGUUGCUCAUACAAACUAUUCUCAGAACGUUUCGCUUGAUAUGGUUUGCUGCGAUGAACAGAGAGCAAAGCAGUAAAACCGUUCCAAAAUCGGUUUGUAUGAGAAACGUCAAACCGUUUUCGAUCCCUGGUGUAGAGAGAUAGGGGAUAGAAUGAACAAGAACAAACAAACAAAAUUCAUCAUUACUUACGUUUUUCUCAACGCUUUUAUAUUUUUCUACUUGAAUUAGCAGUGAUGUUGAAAAUGAAAAAAACAAACAACAACAACAACUAGAACACUGAACAGAACCGACAGAGAAAAGGGUGUGUGUUUCGAGCAUAUUAAUAGUAUAAUAUAGAAAAGAGAACGCAAGUCUGCAAAUUUGAAUCAAAAAUUUAUUAAGAAGCAUACCAAAUAGGAAUGUAUUGUGAGAAGCAUCGUAUAAGCACUUUGACGGAAUGUCGAACAAAAUUUUCGGUUGGGCCACCAGCACAACACUACCAAUUCGAACUGAAUUGAGAAAAUAUGUGUAAUUGAGAUGGACAAAUAGAUUUUUUUCUAGCGACGCAUCUAUUUUUUUGGUUUUUACUCACUUCCUGUAUCGUCACAUUUACAUUGAUAUACUGAUGAUAGUGUGCCGCAAAUGAGCGAUGAUGGAAAUGGAUUUUGUUUUUUACAUUCUGUAAUCCUAUUUUAAAAAUAUGAAAAAAAAAAAUCACAGUUUUCCUCCCAAUUUUCGUGAUAAGAAUUCUUUUUUGAUGAGUUACUUUCAUUUUAACGAAACGCAUUUGAAUGAAAUGUAUUCAACUACUAAGUUUAGAGGUUGACUGGCGCAAUCGGAAUAAUGAUGGCAUUGCCGCGAUAGCACAGCCUCAAGAAAUUCUAUUAAUUUUAUUGGAAUGGGAGACACACAGACAAACACAUACACACACUUAAUGUCGUUUGUCCAUUGUUUAUAAUUAUUAUUAUUGUAGAGUUUUUUAUUUUUACAUUCAACGAGCAUGUUACUUAUGUCAAACGUAUCCCAAGAUUUAACAACAACAACAAAAAAGAUAUUUAUCGCAUACAUUAAUACAUAAUUUCAGUAUUAUAUUAAUUAAAUGAACAUGAAAAUGAAGAAAAUGUGUAACAAACAAUGAGAAUUACUGUUGAAUAAAAUAUAUUUUAACUUGUACUUACA